AUGUUUAGAGGAAGAGUGCAACAUUUAAUGCAUUGCAUGUUUUUCUUGACAUUCAUAUUUAUUUUCUUAGUAUUUGCGGGUGCUAUAAGUUUAGAUGAUAAGGAGAAGAGAAUUAUUGAUCCUUGGGAAACUUAUGGAAUUUAUGGAACAAUUACUCUAUAUAUUCUUAGGCUUCUUACCUUUCUAACAAUUCCACAAGUUCUAUGCAACUUUGCAGGAUUAACAUUAUUCAAUGCUUUCCCUGGAAAGGUAAAAUUAAAAGGAUCACCAUUAUUAGCCCCUUUUAUUUGUAUCAGAGUUGUUACAAGAGGCGAUUUCCCCAAACUAGUGCGAGAUAAUGUCACAAGGAACAUGAACACUUGCCUUGAUGUUGGGAUGGAAAAUUUUAUGAUUGAAGUUGUAACAGAUAAAGCUAUUAACUUGCCAAAGCAUAGGAGAGUCAGAGAAGUUGUUGUUCCACCUGAAUAUAAGACCAAAUCUGGUGCUUUGUUCAAGUCCCGUGCAUUGCAAUUCUGCUUAGAAGAUGAAGUUAAUAUUCUGGCUGACACAGAUUGGAUUGUUCACUUAGAUGAGGAAACAUUGUUGACUGCGAAUUCAGUUCGUGGAAUAUUGAAUUUUGUAUUUGAUGGCCAACACCAAUUUGGCCAAGGCCUUAUUACUUAUGCUAAUGAACAUAUUGUUAAUUGGCUAACUACCCUGGCAGAUAGUUUCAGAGUUGCAGAUGAUAUGGGCAAGUUAAGAUUUCAAUUUUAUUUUUUUCACAAACCACUUUUUAGUUGGAAAGGUUCUUAUGUGGUGACACAGGUUUCUGCAGAAAAGAAAGUAUCUUUUGACAAUGGACUAGAUGGAUCUGUUGCUGAAGAUUGUUAUUUUGCAAUGAAAGCCUAUGUCGAAGGUUAUACGUUUAAUUUUAUUGAAGGAGAGAUGUGGGAAAAAUCCCCUUUUACUUUAUGGGAUUUCAUGCAGCAACGAAAGCGCUGGAUUCAAGGGGCUGUGAAUAUUUACAUGUACAUUUUUGGUGUCAUCAAGUCUUUCCCACUUUAUAGAUUUGGACCUAUAAAGUUCUUAAUGUUUAUAUGUGGAGCUUUAGCUACUAUUCCAUUUAAUAUUAUUAUUGAAAAUGUAGCUGUAAUUUGGGGUGUUUUAGGUAAAAAGCACAAAUUUUAUAUAGUAAAUAAAGAAGUCAAGAUACCUGUAACAGUAUAG